AUGACUUCGCCUUGUGAAGAAAUCGAAGAAGAAGAUAUAUCAAGAAUUGAAAAAGGCAAAGGAAAAGAUAUCGAGACAGUCAUAUGUACUUCUCCCAGCAUUGUUUGCCUUACCCAAAAGUUGAUAGCAGAGAUGAUUGGGACAUAUUUCAUAAUAUUCUCUGGAUGUGGAGUGGUGGUAGUGAAUGUGUUGUAUGGUGGAACAGUGACGUUUCCGGGAAUAUGUGUGACUUGGGGUCUGAUUGUUAUGGUCAUGAUUUACUCUACCGGUCACAUCUCCGGUGCACAUUUCAAUCCUGCUGUCACUGUCACUUUCGCCAUUUUCCGGCGGUUUCCCUGGCAUCAGGUACCAAUGUAUAUAGGUGCACAACUUACGGGAUCGUUACUAGCGAGUUUGACAUUGAGUCUAAUGUUCAAAGUGACACCCGAAGCUUACUUUGGAACAGUUCCGACUGAUUCGUACGCACGAGCGCUUGCCGCAGAGAUAAUUACCUCAUUCCUUCUCAUGUUUGUUAUCUCCGGUGUCGCCACCGAUAAUCGUGCGGUCGGUGAAUUAGCUGGAAUUGCGGUGGGAAUGACAAUAAUGUUGAACGUUUUUGUGGCUGGACCGGUUUCGGGAGCAUCAAUGAAUCCAGCGAGAAGUUUAGGACCAGCGAUUGUGAUGGGAGUAUAUAAAGGAUUAUGGAUUUACAUUAUUGGUCCCAUCCUCGGAAUUAUGGCCGGAGGUUUUGUUUACAACCUUAUCAGAUUUACAGAUAAGCCACUAAGGGAACUCACCAGGAACGGUUCUUUCCUUCGUUCCGUUUCUCCAAAAUGCAAACCUUCUACUUCUAAGAGCUAA